AUGGGGAAAGGAUUUAACAAUUACAUGUGCAAGAAAUUCUUCCAUCCUGCCUCACGAGAUAAUUUAAAGAGGGUAUGGAUGGCAGAACAGAAAACAGAUGCCUACAAGAAGAAACAGGAAGAAUUACGUGUACAAUAUGAAAAAGAGCAGGAGCUGCACGAAAACAAAGCACUACUGAGUAAAGACAGCAAGGACAAGUUAAGCUUGAACUUUAUGUAUGAACCUCCGCCUGGUGUAAAAAAAGAACGUGAACGUGAAGAUAAUGAACCGGAGUAUAAAUUUGAAUGGCAAAGAAAGUACAAUGCUCCUAGAGAGAGUUAUUGUAAGGGCGACAAUGAGAUUAGAGAUCAACCAUUUGGUAUUCUUGUGAGAAAUGUAAGAUGCAUUAAGUGCCAUAAGUGGGGUCAUAUAAAUACAGAUAAGGAAUGCACUAUGUAUUCAUUGUCAAUGAGUGAAGCGAGAGCAUUGCAAGCUUCUGCAUCUGCACCACAAGAGGAUGAAGAGAAACCUGAUGUACCAACUCUAAUGCAACAAAUGAGGGAUAAUGGAUUAGUGAUGAAACCUGGUGCAUUGCCUCUUGCCCCAACAAAAUUAGAAGAAGGGGAGACAUCUACUUUGACCGAAACUGACCUAUUGAGUCAAUUGACUAAGAAGCAAAAGAAAAAGUUAUUAAAGAAAUUAGAGAAACUGGAAAAGAAGAAGGGUGACAAAAAGAAGGAUAAAAAGAAACACAAGUCUUCCAAACACUAA